ACACACUCCUCACAGUUCACAACGACCUUUCGUCUGGAGGACACAGACAUUUAGGACUGGAUAUUUACUUGACAGGCACGUGUGUGUUUAGGACUUCUACUCUUUAAGUUACUAGCUUUAAGCUUUAUGAAGCCAGGUUAAGUUGUUUCUCAGUUCAUUAAGUGUUUCAUUUUCAACUUGUUGGUGUCUAGUGCUUGUAUCAAACUUUAGUUGCAUUAUUGGAGUCAGUGUUUAGCAGAGUGGGAUUACUGACGAUUUUUUGAGAAUGAGGUGUGUGUGGGCCGCACUCUGUGGGACUGUACUGCUAACGCAGGUUAUAAUAACCAAUUCACAAACCUCAGAUUCAUCCAUUGGGGACUGUUCUCAGUUUAACUCGUGUAAUGGCUGCAUCAACGGAGACUCGGCCCUCAACCUGACAAGAUGUGUGUGGCAAAGUUGUAAUGACGGAAAUGACACAAGAUGCAUGUAUGACACUGAAGACUCUGGGGGCUGCUCUGUCUACAAUGAGACCGGCAUGUGCCAAACAGAUGGUGGAUCCGCUGAUGAUGGUAGCAAAGAUACAACCUCUGGAUCAGGCCCUGAUUUCUCUCAAGCUUCAUUUGACCUGUCCAGCUUCAUCGGAGGAAUCAUCCUGGUAUUGGUGUUGCAGGCUGGGGCUUUUUUUGCCAUUCGGUUCCUCAAAACGAAAGACAGCUCUUAUGAAACUAUUGAUCAACCUCAGUGAGUCAUGAAUGAGGCGAGAAUGGAGAGAAAAUUGUGGAACUAAACAAAGAAAAGCAGAUAUAGACACUGUUUUUUUCUUUUUGCUUGUCCUAACACCUUAUUAGCCUGUUUAGCCUAAUUAACUGCUUUGGUUAAAUCACAGGUUCUUGAACGAUAAAAACUAUUUCUGUGUACAGAAGAGAGAAAUGUGAAAAACAAAUAAUAUAGACAUGUAGUGUAUACAGAAUUAUUCACAUUGGAGCAUGGGAAUAUGGUUGUCUCUUGUGGAGUGAGUUCUUAACUGUUUAAGGUAAUUUACAUCUCUGGUUUGGCUCUGUUUCUGUUUGUUAGUUUGAUUUUAAAGAUUGUUGAAUAUUUAGAAAUAUUGCAUGCCAUUUUAUCUGCUUUUUAUUAAAUGCUCGUGUAGCACUGAGUUUGAAUGAAAAUUGAAGCAAUAAAGUAAUUACACUCUGGAAUGUUUUACAGCGUUUACCCUGUAGGUGUCAGUGGAAUGACAUUUUAACAACCUAAACCUCUCUGGGCCUGGAGGAUGCAUUCUUAA